AACAAUCAACAUGUUCCCAACAUAUGUAGUGCUAUGCUCGGCAUGUCUUUGGAAUCUUUUUCUCCAAGUGACACAAGAACGAGUUAUAGAGGAGAGCACUGAUGACUUUAGCUUUGAUGGCCUCCCCGGGGCUCAGCAUGAAUUCAAAAUAGAGGUUCCUGCAAGCCAGGAAGAAUGUUUUGUACAGAGGGUGGCACAGAAUGCUAAUCUUCAUGCAUCAUUUGAGGUUCUUCGAGGCGGCGAUCGUAUUGUAGAUUUCUAUGUAAAGGAUGGUUAUAAUAAUAUGAUCAAAGAAAUUACCUAUAAAUCAGAGGGGAGUAUAGAAUACACAGCUCCAAUCAAUGGAAAUUUUCAAAUAUGUGUUCAAAAUAUUCAUAGCAGAUUUCUAUCGAAGUUAGUAUACAUUUAUAUUGUGACGGUGGUUGAAGAAGAAUGGAGCAAGUACGUUGCGGAAAUAGAGGGAUUACAUACAGCAGUCCAAAAUUUCACGACAUCCAUCACAGAGGUUCAAAAGUCCAUAGACAAAGUACGAUUGCACCAAGCUACUAGUAGAAUGAACGUCAUAAAGGACUGGUAUUUACUGACCGGAAAUAAUGCUUACGUCAUGUAUUGGUCCGUUUUCCAGAUUGUUUCUAUUUUAGCAACGUCUUGUUUUCAAGUGUAUUUUGUAAGAAAAUUAUUUAAUAUCCCCAAUGUGACUCCUUCUUCCAAACCAAGAGCUUAGAUAUCAGAUAUCUAUAGAACAUAUUUUUUAUUUACAUGUGUAUUAUCAUUAUCAUCAUCAUCAAUGUACACAUUGUCUUAACUUAUCAUAGAAGAGAUGUAACACAGAGACUUAUGGAUAAAACUUA